CUGGCGCAGAGGCCGGCGCGCUGCGAGCGGGCGAGCGGGCCAGCGGGCGGGGAGGCCGCGCGCGCCCGAGGCCGAAAGUUUCUGUGCACGCCUCCCCGAGUGAGCCACAGCCGCGAGGUGCGGCCCGCACGACGGGACGAGCCCGGCCCUGCAGCGCUGGGAAAAGAAAGACGGGAACACAUCGCAAAACACUGCAAAAAAAAAAAAAGGCAAAAAAAAUUCUCAAGUCAGCCCCGAGGCUUAGGGGAGAAGCUCAGUGAGGAUUUUGCUAUGACCGCAGUCCCCUUGUGGAGCCAGGACUGCCCCUCGCUGCUGCAUCCACACCAGGUCGCCUCCCUGCCCUGCCCAUCCUUGGCCCCCAGUCACCAUGGGCAGCGUCAGCAGCCUCAUCUCUGGCCACAGCUUCCACAGCAAGCACUGCCGGGCCUCCCAGUACAAGCUGCGCAAGUCCUCCCACCUCAAGAAGCUCAAUCGAUAUUCAGAUGGGCUGCUGAGGUUUGGCUUUUCCCAAGACUCGGGUCAUGGCAAGUCCAGCUCCAAAAUGGGCAAGAGUGAAGACUUCUUCUACAUCAAGGUCAGCCAGAAGGCCCGGGGCUCCCACCACCCAGACUACACUGCCCUGUCCAGUGGGGACAUAGGAGGCCAGGCUGGAGUGGACUUUGGCUCAUCCACCCCACCCAAGCUCAUGCCCUUCUCCAAUCAGCUAGAAAUGGGCUCGGAGAAGGGGGCAGCGAGGCCCACGGCGUUCAAGCCCGUGCUGCCGCGGUCGGGAGCCAUCCUCCACUCCUCCCCCGACAGCGCCAGCCACCAGCUGCAUCCGGUGCCUCCAGACAAGCCCAAGGAGCAGGAGCUGAAGCCCAGCCUGUGCUCCGGGGCGCUGUCUGACUCCGGCCGGAACUCCAUGUCCAGUCUGCCCACGCACAGCACCAGUAGCAGCUACCAGCUGGACCCGCUGGUCACCCCCGUGGGGCCCACCAGCCGUUUUGGGGGCUCAGCCCACAACAUCACCCAGGGCGUCAUCCUCCAGGACAGCAACAUGAUGAGCCUGAAGGCUCUGUCUUUCUCGGACGGGGGUAGCAAGCUGGCCCACCCGGGCAAGGCGGACAAGGGCUCCGCGUGCGUCCGCUCCCCCAUCUCCACGGACGAGUGCAGCAUCCAGGAGCUUGAGCAGAAGUUGCUGGAGAGGGAGAGCAAGCUGCAGAAGCUACAGUGCAGCUUCGAGGAGAAGGAGCUGGCCUCCAGCCAGGUCUAUGAGGAGCGGCAGCGGCGCUGCAAGGAGGAGCUGGAGGGCCUGGAGCAGAAGUGCAGCGGCAGGUUGAAGCAGGCCUCGCAGAAGAGCCAGCGUGCGCAGCAGGUGCUGCACCUCCAGGUGCUCCAGCUCCAGCAGGAGAAGCGGCAGCUGCGGCAGGAGCUCGAGAGCCUCAUGAAGGAGCAGGACCUGCUGGAGACUAAGCUGAGAUCCUAUGAGAAAGAGAAGACCAACUUUGCCCCCGCUCUGGAGGAGACCCAGUGGGAGGUGUGCCAGAAGUCAGGUGAGAUCUCUCUCCUGAAGCAGCAGCUGAAAGAGUCCCAGACAGAGGUCAACACCAAGGCCAGUGAGAUCCUCAGUCUGAAGGCACAGCUGAAGGACACCCGGGGCAAGCUGGAGGGCAUGGAGCUGAAGACGCAGGACCUGGAGAGCGCGCUGCGCACCAAGGGCCUAGAGCUGGAGGUCUGCGAGAACGAGCUGCAGCGCAAGAAGAACGAGUCAGAGCUGCUGCGAGAGAAGGUGAACCUGCUGGAACAGGAGCUGCUGGAGCUGCGGGCCCAGGCCGCCCUGCAGCGGGAUGGGGCGUCCCUGGGGCCCGGGCCCACCUUCUCCGAGGACAUCCCUGCCCUGCAGCGGGAGCUGGAGCGGCUCCGGGCCGAGCUGAGGGAGGAGCGGCAAGGUCAUGACCAGAUGUCCUCCGGCUUCCAGCACGAGCGGCUGGUGUGGAAGGAGGAGAAGGAGAAGGUGAUCCAGUACCAGAAGCAGCUACAGCAGAGCUACCUGGCCAUGUACCAGCGGAACCAGCGCCUGGAGAAGGCUCUGCAGCAGCUGGCCCGUGGGGAGGGGGCAGGAGAGCCUCUCGAGCUCGACCUGGAAGGGGCUGACAUCCCCUACGAGGACAUCAUAGCAACUGAGAUCUGAGGGGCCGCUGGGAAGAGGGAGGACAUGGACCUGGCAUUGGGGGGCAGGGUGCUGGGCCUGGGCCUGGUGGCUGCCCCUCCCCACCCCCUUGUUCUGAGGGAAGCCAACCCUGGGGCACAGACACGAGAGCCAAGAGUGGGAGGGAGGGGUCCAAGAUGACCUCUUCUUCCCUUUCCAAGGUCCCAGUGCUCACCAACCCUGAAAUCCCCACCAGGCAAGGGUGCUGACUCCCCUGGCUUCUCCCAAAACAUGGGGCACAAGUUGCUUAAGGCACUUGGGGAACUGGUGUGAGCAGUUUGAAAUAGUUAGAGAUGCCCUCCCUCAGGGCAGGUGUCGACUGCUGUAGAGGCUGUGUGGCCACCCCAAGGACAGAAGCUCCCUUCCGCCUCUCUUCCCAGCACUUCUUUCCUCCCCUGGACACACUGGAAUGCCUUGGGAAUAGGAGGAAGCCACUCCUGACCAGAAGCCUUGGAAUCUCACCCCGCCAUAACCCGAGCUAUUGUCCUCCCGCUGCAGAGGGUAGGGGUUGGCAACAUCAGAGCUGCCCCCUCCCUGGGAAGCCAUGGAAAGGAGGGGAAAGCAGGGGCAGCCCGGGAACACUGGGACUGGGCGAGACCCAGAGGAGGUCACAGGGAGAAGCUAAGUCAUGAGGGCAGAGACAGGACGGUCAGAGCUUGAAGUCCCGCUCCUGACUGCAGGGCCCGCUGACCUGCAGCUGAGCAGCCUCCGGACAGCUGGGGGCCCCUGGCCUCAGCGACUGCUCUUCUUAAAGCAACAGACACGAGGCCAGGAGUGGGUGCCGGGAAGAUGGAAGGCAGCAGGGUGCGAGGAUGUGUGGCUUUCCCAUCGUCUCCUGAACAUUCCUCAUGGGCUAGCGAUAGGGAUUUCCCUGCUCAGUUCAAAGUUGGCCAGCGAUGACUCUGCUUUUUAUUCCCAAGGAUCAGGCCUCUGUUUACCUCCAGGGCAGCCCAUAUCCAUCCAGAUGGCACAGGUGGGGCCCUUUGCCUGUGGCCGGAUUCGGCAGCUUGCCUUUCCUCCAUGGGCUUGGUUCCUGCAUGGCAUCUUCAAACAAGAGUCUUUACAGCUCAGGAGGGGUCCCAGAGUCCUGACAGGCCAGAGCCCCGGACGGGAGAGUGAGAGGCUCCCAAACACGGCCCUGGAGCCACCAGCUGUUUCCCCUUCCCUGUGAGCCUGGCACGAGCCCCGGAACUGAAAAGAACCCUGAGAGCCGAGGCCUUUCUCAGGCCCUGGGGGAGGCUGGGGUUUCUCUUCUGGGGGAGGCAGAGAAGGUAGAGUUUCUGGUUGCUUGGUUCCAGGAACUUUUUUUCUUUCUUUUCUUUUUUCCUUUCUUGUCUUUUCAGAAGCAAGCCAGAUCUAGCAGGCAGCCUGCCUGUUCCAUGUUCUAUUUUUGACUCUAGCCACAGCUGCUGUUCUUAAGACAGGCGGCCCGCGCUGGCUCCCUGCGCCUCGCGUCUGGCUGCUGAGAGGGGCUUGCUGAGGAAGGGAGAACCUGGGUGCUUGACCAUCCAAGGCCAGGCUCCAGUUUGCCCUCCCCGACCGCUGGCCCUUUCUCGGGCUCCAGUUUGCCCUCACUGACCCUCACGGGCCCCACCACGACCCCUCCCUGGGUCUGGGCUGAGGACAGGGCCACCUUCUGGUCCCUGGGGCUAAGCUGUGCCUGUCCUGCUGCCCUCAAAUGACAGAGGAGGCUCUCUGGAAUUUCAAGUCAUUGCUUAUAGUCACAGGCUAGAUUUAAACUGGGCAACAACAGGGCAAAAGGCCCUCCCUCCCUCCCUGCAGAGCAGUUUCCUCCCUCCAUUGCUCAUACCAACUCAAAAACAUCCCAUUCCUUGUCCCCAGCCCUUGUCUCCUCCAUUUCUCACUAGCCUGUGCCUUGUUCGAGUCCUUCUUUCCAAUGAAACUGCUCCUCAGGGACAGAGAAAGGGGCUGGCUCCCCCUUCCCCAGGCUGGAGAGCCCCCAGGGAAGAGCAGCCCAAAGCUCACUGCUCUGCCCUCACUACAUCACCUGAGAGGAUGUGGGUGCUGGGCUCUGGGAAGGGGCGCUCAGGCACAAAGCGGGGCUCCCCCAUGGUGUGACCACACCCUGCACACACAGGGGCCUGCCCAGAACCCAGGGUAGCAGGUGCUCUCCCAGGCUACUGCAGGCACAAGGCCCCAGGGUGGCUUGAGUGGCCCACGGGGGCACCACAGGGCACCAGUGUCUUGUAACAUAACGACCUCCAUGCAGUGAUUCUUCCCUUCCCGUCAAGAAGCAUCCUCACAAUCCGUGGACAUGCUGAACACAGCCUCUCCUGAGGGAGGCUCUGGACAGUGGUGGCUGCGCAGGGACCGGGGAAGUCAGGCAGACGUCAGCCUCAGGGCAGGUAGGCCUGGCCCAAGGCCAGCAAGAGCUCACUGCCCUUCCCUCUGAGCACCCCUGCCUCUGCCAGCACGUUGCUUACCCUGUCAGAACCACCCUCUCUUGCUCCCCAAAGAAUGUCUGGUCUGAAAGUGAUCUGUCUCCCUGCAAAGAGAGAGCAUCAGCCAGCACCAUCUCUCCAACGGGGGAACUCAGCCUCCUUGGAAAUGGAAUGAUCAGACUCUCAGGGACACCAGCCAUGGUAUCUCCUCUUCAUGCUGUGUCCUUCAGGUGAAACCCUGCCAGGUGCCCUCGGCCUCCAUGGAUGGCACUGAGCUCCUGCAGGGGCUGGGGGGCCAGCUCCCCUCUGAGCUGUGAGUGGGGGCCAUCAGGCCUGCUGCCUGGGCACUGGCUGAGCAACUGGUCCCUGCCACUGGCCCCAGGCUGGAUCCUGAGUUCCCCGGAGCCAGUGCUGCCAGGAUGGGCGGCCGUGUCCACCCAGGCAAGAGGCGCCUCCUCACCUCUUCUGCAGUUCGUCUCUGUGCUGCUGCCUGUCCAGGCCGAGCUGGAACCCCCAGCAGAGGCUGGCAUUAGAUGGACUGACACUUGGAAGAAUCUGUACAUAGAUAUUUUUCUCUGUUGCUUUUUGUUGUUUGGUUUGCUUUUGAUGGCUUCAUUUUAUUUUAUUUUUGAUGUCAUUUUCUGGCCAUGUAAACUAUUUCUGCUAAUUUUAUGUUUUUAUUUAUGAAUAAAGAAUGCUAUUUCUCAUGC